AUGGAAAUCAAAACCUUGGGCUGCUGUCUCCUCCUCAUCCUUUCUCACCUUGCCAUCCCUUCCUUCUCUCAGCGAAUAUUCCAAGCUGGAUUAGGUGUUGGUGCCCAUAGUCAAACAGGCUCCGAAGCACUGUCGGAGUCCGAAGAAACCACAGAUCCCGAUCUGGAAUCAACCCCAACACCCGAACCACAUACAACAACAAUCUCCCUAGGGAAAGACAGAGAGAAUGAGAAAGAGCCAACCCUUACACCCGAACCCAACAAUAAUGAAGAACCAGAUGUCGAGCCAACCCAACAUACCAAAGAGAAAGAGUCACACAUAGAGAAUGAGAAAGAGUCAACCCUUACACCAGAACCCAACAAUAAUGAAGAACCAGAUGUCGAGCCAACCCAACAUACCAAAGAGAAUGAGUCACACAUAGAGAAUGAGAAAGAACCAACCCUUACACCAGAUCCCAACAAUACUGAAGAACCAGACGUCGAGCCAACCCAACAUACCAAAGAGAAAGAGUCACAAAAAUCUGACAAUCACGGAGAAUCAGACAACGAGACAACCUCGGACCCCGAAGAGAAAGAGUCGACUCCUACUCCCAAAGCAAGCAAUCAUAAAGAAUCAGAGAUGUGCAGCUACAAAUGCGCCUCUGAGCCAACUCCGAAGCUUGCCAAUCAGAGGCUAGAAGGAGCCUACAAAGCCCUGCGGGCAUUGAAAAAAUCCAUAUACUCUGAUCCAAAUGGCUUCACAAGCAAUUGGGAGGGUCCCGAUGUGUGCAGUUACAAAGGCGUCUUUUGUGCCAAGGCUAUGGACGAUGCCAAUAUCCUAGUGGUGGCCGGUGUUGACCUUAACCAUGGCGAUAUCGCUGGUCACCUCCCCUCAGAGAUCGGGUACCUAGUCGACAUCAGCCUCCUCCAUCUUAAUUCCAAUAGAUUUUGUGGGAUCAUCCCAAAAGAGAUCAAGAACCUCAAGCUACUGUACGAGUUGGACGUGAGCAACAACCGCUUUGUGGGGUGUUUCCCGGAGGUGGUGUUGGAGUUACCGCAACUCAAAUACCUCGACUUACGGUACAAUGACUUUGAAGGCGAGCUACCUCCGGAGCUCUUCGACAAGCCCCUUGAUGCAAUUUUCUUGAACAACAACAGAUUCCACUCAACCAUCCCGGAAAACAUUGGUAACUCUUCGGCCUCCGUCAUCGUAAUGUCAAACAACCAUCUCUCUGGGUGCAUUCCGUCCAGCAUCGGAAAGAUGGCAGGAAAAUUGGACGAGUUUGUGGUUUCGUACAAUGAGUUGUCAGGGUGCCUUCCAGAAGAGAUCACAAUGUUAAACACGACCAAAGUUUUUGAUAUCUCCAACAAUAAAUUUAUGGGCGACCUACCGCAGGGGAUGGAAAACAUGAAGAGUAUAGAGGUACUCAAUAUUGGGAAUAAUAAAUUUAGGAGCAAGGUUUCGAAAACUGUUUGCACCUUGACGAAUCUUAAGAACUUCACCUAUUCUUACAACUUCUUUGAUGCCCAAGAUCCUGAGUGUAUGAUCAAUGCGCUUCCCAUUGUGGCUAUUGACGGUAGGAAGAACUGCUUGCCUCGAGAACCCAAUCAGAGGCCAGAGAAGGAGUGUCGCAUAGCCUUGAGCAAGAAGGUUGACUGCAAUGCCGGUUGUCGACCCCCGACUCAUGGCCAUUCGACCAGUUGUCGACCUCCAAAAUCCAUUCCAUCAGCUCCGACUCCUAAACCCACACCUUCGCUGAAGCCUGAGCCAACACCUAAACCUGAGAAGACGUUUGUCCCGUCCCAGAUUCCCAAGGCAUCACCUCCUCCUAAAAUGGAGACACCAACCCCUGCCCCCUCACCGGAACCAUCUAAGCCGCCUUUACGACAAAAACGUGUUGCCCCACGCCUCGCUUCUUCGCCACCUCCAGUCCACUCUUUGCCGCCCGAAUCGCCACCCCCGAUCCACUCUCCACCUCCUCCAGUCAAGUUGCCACCACCUGUGGUCCACUCGCCACCACCAUCGCCACCGGUUCAUUCUCCACCUCCUCCAGUCAAGUCACCACCACCUCCCGUACACUCCCCACCACCCCCAGUCCACUCUCCACCUCCUCCAGUAAAGUCUCCACCGCCUCCAGUCCACUCACCGCCACCUCCUCCAGUCAAAUCUCCACCACCUCCAGUCCACUCUCCACCUCCUCCAGUUAAAUCGCCACCACCCCCAGUACACUCUCCACCUCCUCCAGUCAAGUCUCCACCGCCCCCUGUCCACUCACCGCCACCUCCUCCAGUUAAGUCCCCACCACCUCCAGUCCAGUCUCCACCUCCUCCAGUUAAAUCGCCACCACCCCCAGUACACUCUCCACCUCCUCCAGUCAAGUCUCCACCGCCCCCUGUCCACUCACCGCCACCUCCUCCAGUCAAGUCGCCACCACCCCCAGUCCACUCUCCACCUCCUCCAGUCAAGUCUCCACCACCCCCAGUCCACUCACCACCUCCUCCAGUUAAAUCGCCACCACCCCCAGUACACUCUCCACCUCCUCCAGUCAAGUCUCCACCGCCCCCUGUCCACUCACCGCCACCUCCUCCAGUCAAAUCACCACCGCCCCCAGUCCACUCUCCACCUCCUCCAGUUAAGUCGCCACCACCCCCAGUACACUCUCCACCUCCUCCAGUCAAGUCUCCACCGCCCCCUGUCCACUCACCGCCACCUCCUCCAGUCAAAGUCACCACCGCCCCCAGUCCACUCCCCACCUCCUCCAGUCAAGUCACCACCACCACCAGUCCACUCUCCACCACCUCCUCCAGUUAA